AUGCAGGAGACAGCAGACAGACCCGCUGUCGCGAUCGAUGUUUCUGGCAACGCCGACCCAGAGAAGCAAGUCGAUGUUGAUGAUGGGAAAUCGAGCAAGGCUUCCAACGAAGAAGCGAAGAAAGAAGAGAAAGAAGGAAGUCUGAAAGACUACUUUCGUAUCUUUACAUACGCCAGCACGGCUGAUCGCGUACUGUUCGGUCUUGGACUCACAGGUGCCGUCGUCGUUGGUGCUGCGCUCCCCUUGAUGACUCUUGUCUUUGGACAGUCCACAGCCGAAUUCAACCAACAAGCGACCGGCCAAGAUAGCUCGAACUUUACCAGCAACAUCGACAACUUGGUACUCUAUUUUGUUUACCUCUUUGUCGCUCGCUUCGUUAUUGGGUAUUUGGGUACUCUGUGCAUCUGUAUCGCGGCAGCCAGGACAACAUGCGCGUUGCGAGAGGACUUUCUGGACAAGUUGCUCCGUCAGGAUGUGGCUCAUUUCGACAAAGAUGGCAGUGGAUCUGCCGCGACUCAGGUUACUACCAAUGGCAACAGGAUCAAUCAAGGCACUGCGGAAAAGCUAUUCACGUGCGUCCAAGGCAUCUCACUCUUCUUCUCCGGCUUCAUCGUGGCAAUCGCUGUCCAAUGGAAGCUUGCUCUUAUCGUGAUGAGCAUAAUACCUGCCAUCUUCCUAAUUACGGGCGUGUGCAUAGGCAUGGAUGCGCCCAUCGAAGCUAGAGUGACCAAAAUCUACUCGCAAGCUGGUACUCUGGCGCAAGAUGCGAUCAGCUCAAUCAGAACUAUUCACGCCUUCGGGGCUCACCAGAAGAUCGUUGACGGAUACGAGACUUACCUCCAGAAGGCGCACAAGGAGGGCAACAAGAAGUCCGUCAUUUAUGGCGUGCUCUUCUCCGGCCAAACAUUCCUGGUUAUGUCAGGUACUUCGCUAGCCUUCUGGCAAGGUUUUCGCAUGUUCCAGAGCGGGGAGAUUGGUGAUGUGGGCACAGUCUUCACCGUCGUCCUGAGUGUCGUGCUCGGUGCCACUGCAACACUGCUCAUCUUUCCGCAGAUACAGGCUUUCACUAAUGCCUCCUCGGCGGCAGGCGAGUUGUUCUCCAUCAUCGACAGGCCAUCAGCCCUCGACCCACUCUCGGCAGAAGGCAUGCAGCCAUCCGACUGCGACGGGGAAAUUAUCAUCAACGAUCUACGGUUCGCCUAUCCUGCACGACCCAGCGCACAGGUCCUACGAGGGCUGAGUUUGUCGAUACCAGCGGGAAAGACGACGGCUCUAGUCGGGCCCAGUGGAUGUGGUAAAUCGACCUUGGUCGGUCUGCUUGAGCGAUGGUACCAACCUGCUACUGGUCAGAUACUGCUUGAUGGUCGAGACAUCUCCGAAUACAACACGAAAUGGUUACGGUCCAACAUUCGCCUCAUUCAGCAGGAACCUACCCUUUUCCAAGGCACAAUCUUCGAGAACAUUAUUAAGGGCCUUGUAGGAGACCAGAGGGAUCUGCCAGCGGAAGUGCAAAUGCAACUCGUGCAGGAAGCGUGUAGGAACAGCAACGCGCAUGACUUCAUCGAGGCGCUGCCGGAAGGCUACCAUACCCAAGUUGGAGAGCGCGCAAGCAUGUUGAGCGGUGGCCAACGACAGCGCAUUGCCAUCGCUCGAAGCAUCAUCUCGAACCCCAAGAUUCUGUUGUUUGACGAAGCGACUAGCGCUCUAGACCCCCGCGCAGAGAAGGUCGUGCAGAGCGCACUCAACCGCGUUUCGAUCAACAAGACGACGCUGAUCAUCGCCCAUAAGCUUGCCACUGUGAUGGCGGCCGACAACAUCAUCGUCAUGAAAGAAGGCCAGAUCUACGAGCAGGGUACACAUCAUGAACUCCUCGAGAGCGAUGGUCUAUAUGCGGCAAUGGUGCGCGCACAAGAUCUUGGUACAAAGGCCAACGACGAGGACAUUGAGAAAGAGCUGCUGGAAACAGCAGAUGUCGAAGACGCUCUGGACAGCAAAGCCCCCAUGCGACGAAUGCAAUCGCAGUACAGCAACACGGAUCUCGAGCGCGAAAUCGAGCAGCUUGCUGCUGGGACUUUGGGCUACUCACUCAUCAAGUGCGUUUGGAUCAUGCUGAAGGAGAACCUGGAUCUCUGGGUUUGGUAUGCCGCCACCAUCAUUGGGGGCAUCAUCGGCGGCGGUACCUACCCAGCCCAGGCUAUCAUCUUCUCUCGUCUUGUUAGGGUUUUCACACUGCAAGGGUCUGAGGCACAAGACGAAGCAAAUUUCUGGGCACUCAUGUUCUUCGUGCUGGCUCUCGCCAACCUCUUCGCAUACUUCGCGAUCGGUCUUGCAUGUAACAACAUUGGGCAGGCAAUGACUCAUCGCUAUCGACGGGAAAUGAUCGAACGCAUUAUCAGCUUUGACCAGGAGUUCUUUGACCGCCCGGAGAACUCGUCUGGUGCGUUGACCUCAAAGCUGUCAUCUGCACCGACAGCAUUGCAGGAGUUGAUGUCUGCGAAUUUGGGUCUAAUGUUCAACAUUCUGGUGAACAUCACGGCCAGUAGUGCGCUUGGCAUAGCGUAUGGCUGGAGGCUUGGAUUGACGCUGGUGUUCGGCGGGCUGACCAUCAUCGUCGCUGCCGGCUACUAUCGUAUUCGACUGGACCAGAAACUCGAGAGUGCCACAGAGGAACAGUUCUCUGGCAGCGCGGGUUUGGCUACGGAAGCCGUCACCUCCAUACGGACGGUCAGCAUGCUCACUCUCGAAACCUCGAUCAUGCGGCAAUACAGCGACACACUCCGGGCUAUCACGGGCAAAGUCGUUAAGAAUCUAACCUUUGCGCUGAUCCCAUACGCGCUUUCGCAAUCCGCUGACUUCUUAGUCAUGGCUCUAGGCUUCUGGUACGGAUCGCGGCUAAUUGCGAAAGGCGAGUACACUACGUCGCAGUUCUUUGUCAUCUUCAUCGCCAUCGUCUUUGGUGGGCAGGGUGUCGCGCAAUUCUUCAUGUACAGCACGUCGAUCACAAAGGCAGAAGGCGCCGCGAACUACAUCCUGUGGCUGCGGACAGUCAAACCGACCAUAUGCGAAUCCGAUGAAACCGACGGGAAGGGGCCGCCAUCUGAUGGCACCAUCGCCAUGGAAGAUGUUGAGUUCAGAUACAAGCAGCGCAACGCAUUCCGGGUGCUUAGGGGUAUCUCCAUGAAGAUCGAGCCCGGCAAAUUCGCUGCUUUUGUUGGCCCUUCAGGUUGUGGCAAGAGUACAGUCGUAUCUCUGUUGCUACGCUUCUACGACCCGAUAUCCGGACGCAUUACAUUGGAUGAUCAGGAUAUCUCGCACAUGUCCCCUCAGCUCUACCGCCGUUACAUGUCGCUGGUCCAACAGGAGCCACCACUCUACCUUGGCUCCGUACGAGAGAAUAUUGCCCUUGGUCUCCAACACAAGCCUUCCGACGCCGAGAUUCAAGAAGCCUGUCGCCAAGCCAAUGUCCUCGAGUUCGUCGCUUCGUUACCCGAAGGUCUAGAAACACCCUGCGGGUCUAAGGGCUUGCAGUUCUCCGGCGGGCAAAGACAGCGCAUCGCGAUCGCAAGGGCGCUCAUUCGCCAGCCACGAUUGCUGCUGUUGGACGAAGCGACAUCAGCGUUGGAUACUCAGAGUGAAAGGAUCGUGCAGAAAGCACUCGAUGAGGCUGCGAUGUCGAGGACGACGAUUGCCGUCGCGCAUAGGCUGAGCACGAUUCGACACGCAGAUGUUAUCUUCGUUAUGGAAGAUGGCAUUAUCGCCGAAAUGGGUACUCAUGAGGAACUGCAAAGAUUAAGAGGAAGGUAUUUCGCUACGUGCUUGGCGCAGUCGCUCGACCAAGCAUGA